CCUAUAUAUACCCUCUCUCUCUCAUUAUUCUCUAUCAGCUUAUCACUCCUCUUCUCUUUCUCUUUACAUUCCUAUCGACUCACAUUCUCUUCUACUUCUACCAUGGGUGUGCCACUUCAAUCUAAUUAUGAUGACGAAGAAGAUUAUCAUAAAGGAGUUAAGCAUUUAUGUGAGAAAGGGAUAACACAAGUACCUACAAAAUAUAUCUUGCCAAUCUUAGAUCGCCCUAUUUCAAGAAAUAAGGAAGAUGGUUUUCCAAAACUCAAGUUACCCAUUCUUGAUUUUGCCCAAUUAAAUGGCCCUAAUAGAGUUCAAGUUCUCAAUUCCCUCUCCAAAGCCUGUGAAGAAUAUGGAUUUUUUCAGUUGAUAAACCAUGGAAUUUCAAGAGAAGCUAUCGGUAACAUGGUUCAAAUGGGAAGGAAAUUUUUUGAGCUCUCUUUUGAGGAGAGAUCAAAAUACAUGUCAAAAGACAUGCAAUCACCUGCAAGAUGUGGAACCAGUUUCAACCAAAACAAAGAUAGAGUCUUUUGCUGGAGAGAUUUUCUGAAGCUUAAUUGUCAUCCCCUUUCAGAAACUCUUCCCUUUUGGCCUUCUUCCCCUUCAGGACUAAGGGAAGCGGCGGUUAACUACUCAAAGCAAACAAAAUCAUUGUAUCUAAUGCUUGUGGAAGCAGUGAUAGAGAGUUUAGGGUUGAUGGAGACCGAUAAAAACGGUAAUUCUUUGAAAGAAUUUAAAGAAGGGAGCCAAAUAAUGGUGGUGAAUUGCUACCCUUCAUGCCCUGAACCUGAGCUAACUGUUGGGAUGCCACCUCAUUCUGAUUAUGGCUUUCUUACACUUCUUCUACAAGAUGAAUUAGUUAAGGGUCUUCAAAUUCACCAUCAUGGGAAAUGGGUAAAUGUGGAACCCAUUCCUAACUCAUUUGUUGUUAAUGUGGGUGAUCAUCUUGAGAUAUUUAGCAAUGGAAGAUACAAAAGUGUAGUCCACAGAGUACUUGUAAAUCCUUCAAAGUCAAGAAUCUCCAUUGCUUCAUUACAUAGUUUACCUUUUAGUAGCACAAUUCGACCGUCGCCAAAACUCAUAAAUGAAGACAAUCCAAGACGUUAUAAGGAUACGGACUUUGCAAGUUUUAUGGAGUAUAUUACAUCUUGUGAACACAAGAGCAAGAACUUCCUCGAUUCUAGGAAAAUUCAUUUCCAUAUAUAAAAGGUCUAGACAUUAAUUUUGACUUUUUAGCAGAAGAAAUUUAAUAUCAAUACAUAUAUAUAUUUAUAUAUAUACACAUAACGUAUAUAGCUGGGAAAGAUUUGAUUUGUUGGAAAGUGAUAGAUACAGAAUAAAUAUUUAGCUUCAGAAAAUCUUUAUUAUGUAAUUGCAUGGAAAAUAAAUGGCAUGUACUGUUUUGCAUAA